AUUUCCAGAGCGCAAAAGUGCUUGGUUCUGGUUUCUGCCCCUUGGAUUUCCCUCCCGCGUGUGGGCGUCUAAAAGGAAACCAGAAGCGGGCUUAAGCACAUAAAACAUUCACUGUGAAGAAAAUAACAUUUUGAGACAUUUUUCUGUCACACGUGGUAGAGGAAAAAACGGAAGUACACUCUCCUAUGUGUGUACCUCAUUUUACUGCUUUUGAUAUGUCAGCUUAGUAAUGAAGCCACCAUUAUGUCCUCAGUCAGUGAAGUAAAUGUUGAUAUCAGAGAUUUCCUAAUGAGCAUUAAUUUGGAGCAGUACCUCCCACGCUUCCGCGAGUUUGGUUUGAAUACUGUGAAAGACUGUGCAGCAGUGAAUGAUGGUUUGCUACAUAAAAUUGGAAUAUCACCUACAGGACACCGGAAGAGGAUACUGAAGCAGUUACAGAUAAUCUUGUCAAAAAUGCAAGAUAUCCCAAUAUAUGCAAAUAUCCACAAAACAAAGAAGGACGAUGAGACUUCCGAGGAUCGCCACAGUCCAUCUUCUGGUCAAAAUACCGCCACAGAACUUUCCGAUACAGGUGACGUGCAGGUGUCUGGCCUGACGCGCUGGGAGACUGUCACCAAAAAUCUUGAUCGAAAUGACAUUGCAAAUAGCCAGUCUCUUAAAUCAGACGAUAAUCUGUCUCUUCUUAAACAGAACUUUCCUGUUCCAGAAGAAGAACCACACCUGAAUUUGAGUUCUUUCCAACAUACUCUACUUGGUAAUGAGAAUAUUAAAACGGAAUCUUUGAUUACAGAGAAAACUACGGAUUUCGCGGUUGAAGAGCAACAAACAGAAACAUUUGAAGUGAUCUCGGAAAACGCGAGCAAGCUUCCUGAUGUAGAUCCUGAAUGCCUUUCUUCCCUUGGCUGUUCAAUAUCGGAGGCACAUUCUGGAAAUGAAACUAAUGGUUUAACAGAAAGAUCAUCACCAUCCCCAUUCUUUCAAUUUAAGGGAGAAAUGGUUGUUAAUGAUUUGUAUGUUCCGUCAUCUCCAAUCCUAGCACCUAUGAGAAGCCGUAGCAAGUUGGUUUCAAGACCAUCUCGGUCUUUUCUGCUAAGACAUCGGCCUGUGCCAGAGAUUCCAGGGUCAACAAAAGGAAUUUCAGGGAGCUAUUUUCGUGAGAGAAGAAAUGUUGCUACCUCAACUGAUUCAAAUGAGGAAAAUUCAUCUUCCAUUUUUCCUUAUGGAGAGACCUUUCUCAUCCAGAGACUAGAAAAUUUCAAGAAGAGGUCUAUAAAGAACGAAUUUUGGACCCAUGAAGAAACACUCAAAGGGGAAACAACUACUGAAAGAAACUCUUUUGUCAUCAAAUCAAGCAUAUAUGAUAACAGGAAGGAGAAUAUAAGUGAAGACAAAGUGGAAGAUAUUUGGAUACCUCGAGAGGACAAAAAUAACCUUCCAGUAGACUCUGCUUCAGAAUCAGAAUAUUCAACAGUAGAAGAAUGCUUUCAGAGUUUAAGAAGAAAAAACUCAAAGGCAUCUAAAUCUAGGACUCAGAAAGCAUUGACUAUGGACCCCGUCAAUAGGCACAGUUAUCCAUUAAGCUCAACAAGUGGAAAUGCUGAGUCCUCGAUCGUUUCCUCAAAUGCAAUAUCUCCCUAUGCCUGUUUUUAUGGAUCCUCUGCAAGGAAGGUUAAAUCAGGAUGGCUAGACAAACUGUCUCCUCAAGGGAAACGCAUGUUUCAGAAGAGAUGGGUGAAAUUUGAUGGCCUUAGCAUCUCUUAUUAUAAUAACGAGAAGGAAAAGUAUUCAAAAGGAAUCAUUCCUCUUUCUGCUAUAUCUACAGUACGGGUUCAAGGAGACAACAAAUUUGAAGUUGUUACAACACAAAGAACUUUUGUUUUCAGAGUAGAAAAAGAAGAGGAGAGAAAUGACUGGAUCAGCAUCCUAUUAAAUGCACUGAAAUCACAAUCCCCUGCCUUGCAGUCUCAAGCAGCCGCUGCACCUGAGAAAUGUGGCUAUCUUGAACUGAGAGGGUAUAAAGCCAAAAUUUUUACUGUCUUAAGUGGAAGCAGCGUGUGGCUUUGCAAAAAUGAACAGGAUUUUAAAAGUGGACUUGGUAUUACCAUAAUUCCUAUGAAUGUAGCAAAUGUAAAGCAAGUGGACCGAACUGUAAAACAGUCUUUUGAAAUAAUCACUCCCUAUAGGAGUUUUAGCUUUACAGCCGAGUCUGAAAAAGAGAAACAGGAGUGGAUUGAAGCUGUGCAGCAAUCGAUAGCAGAAACUCUCUCUGAUUACGAAGUGGCUGAGAAGAUUUGGUUCAAUGAGUCCAACAGGAGCUGUGCCGAUUGUAAAGCCCCGGACCCUGACUGGGCGUCCAUCAAUCUCUGUGUUGUCAUCUGUAAGAAGUGUGCAGGACAACAUAGAUCUUUAGGACCAAAAGAUUCCAAGGUUAGAAGCCUAAAAAUGGAUGCCAGCAUUUGGAGCAAUGAACUCAUUGAGCUCUUUAUUGUCAUUGGAAACAAAAGAGCAAAUGACUUUUGGGCUGGUAAUCUUCAAAAAGAUGAAGAAUUACACAUGGACUCACCUGUAGAAAAGAGAAAAACCUUUAUCACUCAGAAAUACAAAGAAGGAAGAUUCAGAAAGACCCUACUGGCAUCUCUCACCAAAGAAGAAUUAAACAAGGCUCUGUGCGCUGCUGUCGUGAAACCAGAUGUUCUGGAAACAAUGGCUUUGCUGUUCAGUGGGGCAGAUGUCAUGUGUACAACUGGAGAUCCCGUGCAUAGCACCCCCUACCUGCUGGCCAAGAAGGCUGGACAGAGUCUGCAGAUGGAAUUUCUCUACCAUAACAAAUUCUCCGAUUUUCCUCAACAUGACAUUCACUCUGAAGGUGGAUUAGGUCAGGAGUCCUCCCAGUCCACGUUCCUCUGUGACUUUUUGUACCAGGCGCCUUCGGCUGCUUCUAAGCUCUCUUCCGAGAAAAAACUGCUCGAAGAGACAAAUAAAAAGUGGUGUGUUUUGGAGGGAGGCUUCUUGAGUUACUAUGAAAAUGAUAAGUCUACUGCACCUAAUGGCACCAUUAACAUCAAUGAAGUUAUCUGCUUGGCUGUACACAAAGAAGACUUCUAUUUAAAUACUGGGCCUAUCUUUACCUUUGAGAUCUACUUACCUUCAGAACGUGCAUUUUUCUUUGGAGCUGAAACAUCUCAAGCUCAAAGAAAAUGGACAGAGGCAAUUGCCAAGCAUUUUGUUCCCUUUGUUGCUGAAAACUUAACAGAAGCCGACUAUGAUUUGAUUGGCCAGCUCUACUACAAAGACUGCCAUGCCCUGGAUCAGUGGAGAAAAGGCUGGUUUUCUAUGGAAAAGUCUAGUUUGCGCUUUUGUCUUCAAAUGCAAGAAGUUCAGGAAGAUAGAAUGCACUUAAGAAGGCUGCAGGAGCUGACAAUCAGCACAGUGGUUCAAAAUGGGGAAAAAAUGGAUGUCUUGCUCUUGGUAGAAAAAGGAAGAACAUUAUACAUCCAUGGGCAUAGCAAGUUGGAUUUCACAGUCUGGCAUACCGCAAUUGAGAAAGCAGCAGGUACAGAUGGCAAUGCUCUACAGGAUCAGCAGCUCAGCAAAAAUGACGUCCCCAUUAUUGUGAACAGCUGUAUAGCAUUUGUUACACAGUAUGGUUUAGGAUGCAAAUAUAUCUAUCAAAAGAAUGGUGAUCCUUUGCACAUAAGUGAACUUCUGGAGAGUUUCAAAAAAGAUGCAAGAAGCUUUAAAUUGAGAGCGGGAAAACAUCAGCUUGAAGAUGUGACAGGCGUGUUGAAGAAUUUUCUCUCUGACAUUGAUGACGCACUUCUUACUAAGGAGCUCUAUCCAUAUUGGAUCUCUGCUUUAGAUACUCAAGAUGACAAGGAAAGAAUUAAAAAGUAUGGAGCAUUUAUACGUUCUCUUCCAGGGGUCAACCGAGCAACAUUGGCAGCUGUAAUCGAACACCUUUACAGGGUUCAGAAAUGUUCAGAAAUCAAUCACAUGAAUGCGCAUAAUUUGGCCUUGGUUUUUUCAUCCUGUUUGUUUCAAACUAAGGGACAAACUAGUGAAGAAGUGAAUGUAAUCGAGGACUUAAUUAAUAAUUAUGUUGAGAUAUUUGAGGUUAAAGAAGACCAAGUCAAACAAAUGGACAUAGAAAAUAGCUUUAUUACCAAGUGGAAAGACACUCAAGUCUCCCAGGCUGGAGAUUUGUUAAUUGAAGUGUAUGUAGAAAGGAAGGAACCUGACUGCAGUAUUAUAAUUCGGAUCUCUCCUGUGAUGGAAGCAGAGGAAUUAACUAAUGAUAUAUUAGCAAUAAAAAAUAUAAUUCCUAUGAAAGGUGAUAUCUGGGCCACAUUUGAAGUCAUUGAAAAUGAAGAGCUAGAACGUCCUCUUCACUACACAGAAAAUGUGUUGGAACAGGUGCUUCGGUGGAGUUCAUUAUCUGAACCUGGCUCUGCUUAUCUUGUGGUGAAGAGAUUCUUAACCAUUGAUACAAUUAAACACUAUAAUGAGAGGAGGGCCCUGGAAAGUAUCAAAGAAGGAAUGUUGAAAAUUAAAGAAGAACCAUCUAAAAUACUGUCUGGAAAUAAGUUUCAAGACCGGUAUUUUGUUUUACGAGAUGGGUAUCUCUUUCUCUACAAGGAUUCAAAGAGUAGUAAAUAUGACAAAAUGUUUUCUCUUGGUUCACUGAAGUUUUAUCUUGGAGUGAAAAAGAAAAUGAAGCCUCCAACAAGUUGGGGAUUGACAGCGUAUUCCGAAAAACAUCAUUGGCACAUUUGUUGUGAUAGUCUACAAACUCAGAUGGAGUGGAUGGCCAAUGUCUUCAUUGCCCAGCAUGAAAAUGAUAUACGGCCACCAGCUGGAAAGGAACGAAAACGGUCUAUAACCAAAAAUCCCAAAAUUGGAGGUUUGCCUCUAAUUCCCAUCCAGCAUGAGAGAAGUGCAACCCAAGCCCGGAGAAAUAUUGAGAGUGCCAGAGCAGAACUGGAAAGGCUGAGGCUCAGUGAAAAGCGGGAUCAAGAGUUGGGGGAUAGCAGCUUGAAGGAGAGAGCCUCCAUGGUGGCCCACUGCCUGGAGCACAAGGAUGAGAAACUUCGAACUCGAACCAGAAAACAUCGGAGUUUCAACUGUCUGGAGGACACAGAGGCUGAGGUCUUUCCUGGGCAACAAAAAAGCCAUAAAGGCCUCAAGACAUUGAGGAAGACUGAGGACAGGAAUGGCAAAGCUGCUUUGGACUCUGAUAGUAAGUUACCGUCAAGGGUAAUCGAAGAACUUAGCGUGGUGCUGCAGCGGACCAGAACCCUUCCAAGAGACCUAGAGGACGAGCAGAUCUUGCAGAAAGAGAUAAAAUAGUUCUGCACAUUAUUUUUUUUUUAAAUAUUGUAUACUAUGUGUGUGCAAACCAGAAACUGAACAGUAAAAUUCAUGGUUUGUGAGAUUUGUCUAGCUAUACAUAAGCAUUUAAAUAGCAUUUUAAAAUAUCUAUGUACAUAUGUGAUAAGAAUGAGAUGAUGCUUUUUUAGGUCUGAACAAAGCUUGUACAGUUCAACUGUAGACACCCUGGGUUACUUUGAGCCAGCGAAGCUUUUUACAGUAGUCUGUUGAAUGGUAUAAUUUAUGAGCAGAAAUCUCAAACCGUACUGUAUUGUAUAAAAUGCUUUGUUUAAAUGAAGCCUACGAAACUGUAUGUAACACAUUUUGCACUUUGAGAAACCCUGUAUAUUAAGUUACCGUAUAUGUGUAUGUUUAGGUUUACAUAGGGUCCACCUUAUGGAAAAGAAAGGGAAGUUGAAAAGGGGAAGGAUAUAUUUUAGUAGCUGCCUAUCAAACAUUGGACUUUUAAAAAGACGCAAGGAGUGAACCAAAAACCAAGGAGGUCACUUAAGUUCUGAUCCGCUGUGAACCAGAAUGAAUCUCAUUAAUGGGAAACUGUGUAAGAAAAAAGCCUAGUGACUGUUUGCCAAGAUAGUGUUCAGCCAACAACCAUGAGUAACGGCAGAGGCCACGCUUGCUUACGGUGUUGGUGAACGACCACAGAGUACACUCACUACGCUUCAGUUCUGCAGCAGGGGCUGCGGACAAGAAAUGGACGCUGCAUCGAAGAGUCAUUGGAUGCAUGGUACCUGGUAUGGACGCCAUUUGCACUGUUGCUGUAUAUAUUUUGUUUUAAUUCCUUGCUAUGGUUUUCAUACAAAUUCACUCUCACAGGGUUUUGUUAUUUGAUUUUUUUCAUCGUUGUUUUACUGGGUAUUUCCUUUCUUAUUUUAAGUAAGGUGGUAAUAGGCUUCUCUGCAGUGUCAGAAUUAACUGGAAGUUUACAGCUUGUGGCCAUUUUAGGGUGAGGGAUAACUUAUCCCACUCUUGGUGGCUAUCAGUUCACAUUUGAACAAGUUUCUUUAUUUAAGGAAAAAAAAAAAAAUCUCCUCCCGGUACCUAAUAAAUAAUAAGAAAGCCCUCUGUUUUUGCUUCGACGUCAAGGUCAGCUACUGAGUUAGCGAUUUUCCUCCAACAGUCGAUACUGUCUAAUUAUAGUUCACAUUAGGAACAGCGCUAUUCAUCAAUUUAUUAAGAAUUUUAUUAGGCCUGAUAAGUUUUGAUUAAAAUUAUAUAGGAAGCUCUCUUUCAACCACUUAUUUUCCCCCUGUUUUUCAGGUGACUUCUUCAGAAUCCGUUAUACAAAGGCCCAUACUUUGGUCAGUCCAAUCAUAGUAUAGUAAUAUACUCUUAAAUGCUCUGAAUUUUCUUCAUUGUGAAAUACUGAUGACUUAUAUUUGGCAGUGAAACAACAGUUUACCAUGGAUGUAUAUUUAUUCCUUAAAAAAAAUUCCAAUCAAUUUGGAUUUAAAGAAACUGCAGGUCAGUUUAUGAAAUAUGUAUUAGCACUGCUGGGGAGCCUUCACUUAAAGCAAGAAAUGGUAUUUAGGAAAAAUAAAAAUCUAAAAUUAUUAUUCCUCAUAAAAGAUAAUAUUUAUGAGAUAAGCAGGCAUAUGACAGUGUUUGACACUGGGAAAGUAUCCGGAGUCUUUUUACCUGCCUUAUCUGAAUAUUUUUGAAACUGGAGCUUAAAAUCUAAUAGCCCUGUUUCCCUUCCCUUCCUGUAUAAUUGUCUCCAUUUUUCAAGAGUAAGAUAAGGGCUAAUGAUGACAUCUCAUAUUUUGAAUAAAAAUUAAAAUUGUUUUACAA